CAUUCAAAAAUAUUAUACCAUAUAAGUCAGAGACCUAUAAGAUUAGAGUAAACAGAGAAGAGCACUGAGUUGUGAAUCCCUGCACAUUGGAAGCGCGUGUUGCCACCUUCCCCGCGUGACGUCAGCCCAGUUGUUUUGGGUCGCUCGGCCAAUCGGAAGCGCGCUCGCACUUCUACAGAAGCCGAGGUGGGUCCAACCUCGCGCCAGCUUUUAUCCUCCGUUACUCAUCACAACGCCCCCUCGGUAGGGUGCAUGCACGGGGCUCUGCUUUAAACAGCAGGUCUGAGAUGGGAACCCCAUUGCAGUUGCAGAACGAUUUCUAUCCAGAGCAGCAGCACUAUAAGCAGCACUACUGCGGACGCGAGGAAGAGCGCUCCAUCAGGCACUGCACCUGCAACAACUCCUCCACCUUCGAGGAUGCCAGAAAAAGCCAGCCUUUGCACGGGACGCCACUGGGAACUUUAAGGACACCGUCCGUCUCAUCUUCAACCAGGCAAGGCGCUCAGUACAGCGAGUUCACGCCUUCUAGUCAUGGUAGUUCAUCCAGACACCAUCAGCACCACCAUCAUCAUCAUCCUCCUCGCGAUCACAACCGCCAGCAGACACGGGGCAGUCCGGCCAGCAGUCACAGAGAGAGUAACUCUUACACCCAAAUAGCCAUGAGCAGCUGCAGAUACAACGGCGGCGUGAUGCGGCCGCUCAGUAACUUGAGCUCGUCCCGCAGAAACCUGCACGAGUUUGACUCGGAGUCCCAGCCGCUGCAGCCCGUCUCUGCGGCGGACGCGUCCGACACGCUCGCCUCCAAGCAGGAGAACAACUCCGCCACCCUCAUGCCUUACUCGGCGGGGGACGGGGGAGGAGGAGGAGGAGGUGGAUGUAGCCACGGCGGCGGCAAAUCGGGCAAAAAGAAGAACCAGAACAUUGGCCAGAAGCUCGGGCACAGGAGGGCCCUGUUUGAGAAGAGAAAGCGCCUGAGCGACUACGCGCUCAUCUUUGGGAUGUUUGGCAUCGUGGUGAUGGUCAUUGAAACUGAACUCUCGUGGGGAGCCUACGGAAAGGAGUCACUGUAUUCUUUAGCCCUAAAAUGCCUGAUAAGCCUUUCUACCAUCAUUCUUCUUGGGUUGAUUAUCAUAUAUCAUGCCAGGGAAAUCCAGCUGUUCAUGGUGGACAACGCUGCAGACGACUGGAGGAUAGCCAUGACCUACGAGCGCAUCUUCUUCAUCUGUCUGGAGAUCUUGGUGUGCGCCAUACACCCCAUCCCGGGCAACUACACCUUCACGUGGACGGCACGGCUCGCCUUUUCCUACGCACCAUCCAAGACAGAUGCUGACGUGGAUAUUAUCCUGUCCAUUCCCAUGUUUCUCCGUCUGUACCUCAUUGCUCGUGUCAUGCUGCUGCACAGCAAACUCUUCACCGAUGCGUCGUCACGCAGUAUCGGUGCCCUCAACAAGAUCAACUUCAACACACGCUUUGUCAUGAAGACCCUCAUGACUAUCUGUCCCGGGACAGUGCUGCUGGUGUUCACCAUUUCUCUGUGGAUCAUCGCCGCCUGGACUGUGAGGGCGUGCGAAAGAUACCAUGACAACAUGGAUGUAACCAGCAAUUUCCUUGGAGCCAUGUGGUUGAUCUCAAUAACUUUUCUAACCAUUGGAUAUGGGGAUAUGGUCCCCAAUACAUACUGUGGGAAAGGAGUCUGUCUCCUCACCGGCAUCAUGGGAGCCGGAUGCACUGCUUUGGUGGUUGCUGUGGUCGCAAAAAAACUGGAAUUAACCAAAGCCGAAAAACAUGUACAUAACUUUAUGAUGGACACCCAGCUGACAAAAAGGGUGAAAAACACAGCUGCUAAUGUUCUCAGGGAGACGUGGCUCAUUUAUAAAAACACCAAGCUGGUGAGGAAGAUGGACCACGCCAGAGUCAGGAAACAUCAACGCAAGUUCCUUCAAGCCAUUCACCAAGCUCGAAAAUUAAGAAGUGUAAAAAUGGAGCAACGCAAGCUGAAUGACCAAGCUAACUCUCUAGUGGACCUUGCAAAGACUCAAAACGUCAUGUACGACCUGGUCUCGGACCUGAACGAACGGGGCGAGGACAUGGAGAAGAGGAUCGCGCUGCUGGAGACAAAACUGGAGACGUUGCUCAGCAACUUACAGGCGCUUCCAGGCCUCAUCAGUCAGGUGAUCAGCCAGCAACACCGGGACUUCCUGGAGGUGCAACUCCAGCCGUACGACAAACACAACCACGAGCGCUCGCAGUCUGUCUCCCGGCGCCGAUCGUCUUCCACCGCGCCGCCCACUUCCUCCGAGAGCAGCUAGAGCUGCCAGCCCAGCCGGCGUCUCCGGAGAAGACUUUCGCCAUCAUAUGGCCAAGUUGCAUUUUACUGUAAAGCCUUAUGGUUUCAAUAAAGUAUUAUCCAAAUUCUGAUGACACCAUCAGAGGUUACUGGGGAUAAUGCGGUUGAAAUGGAAACUUCCAUACAUAUCUUCUCAAAUUUGUUUUUUUACUUUAAUAAAUGAUGCUGUUUCUCUGUUGAGAGGAUCACAGAGAGACUUUUCUCAGUAACUAAUGUUGGAGAGAUAUCAGGUGAGCAAGUCCUACCUUGGGACUUAAUUCAGGAAAGCAAUGUGACGACCUCAAACGGCACCGAAUAGUGCCAGACUAGUGCUUCCAACUGAAUUGUCUGUCUCUGCGUAUGUGAAUGAGAUCUGACCUGUUCUUUGAAUCAACAGGCUUUAAUAACUCUUUAUUGAGGAGCUAAUAGCAUGUCUGAACCCGAGACAGGGGCAGAUGAGGAAUGCCUCCCCUUCCUGUCCAAAUAGCAAAAACCCUAGAUUUAAACUUUGAAAGGAAAGCAUAUAUCUUUUAGGUUAGGAAACGGCAUCAGCUGUAGAGAUCUUCUGUUGUAAGCCCUCUAAAAGUGACUAUUCUGGGGCCCACGUUGCAAAUAAUUUACUCCUCUCGAAAUGAAUGCAUCUGAAUCUAUACUUGCACUUUUUAUCAAUGCACUUCAAUGCUUACUGACUAUAAUAUGAAUUUAUGUUGCUCAUUCAAAUAGAAAGACACCUUUAGUCAUAGGAUAACGGCCAGAAUGUACAAAGAUAAUGAUUGUGUAGGCAACAGCAAGGGCAGCAAAUGAGACCUCAACUGAAAGGACUGUGCUUACAAUGUAGAUGUUAUUGUACCAACGUCUCCAUUAGUUCCAACAGCAAUUGACGUAUCUUUAUGGUGUAGCUGAGGGGAAACUCUCUCGGUUUACUGUGUGCUUUAUGCUUAAACUGUCUUCAAAACGAGACGAGAUCUACCGGAUGCUAUUUAUUGACGUAGAUAUGUUUAAGAGCAGCAACAACAAUCUUGUAUAUGUUUGGAAAUGCCUAUUUUUGUAUUUCAAUGGGGACAAGCACACCUCCAAAUGCGUAUGUCUUUCUCAAAGGAUGUGUGGUAAAGAACUGUAGUCGAGUGUGGAAGUGGAAUGUAGAACCAAAGCUUUUCAAAAUGGGCAGAAAGUAGGGAAACGGAUGGUACUUUGGAAGAUCUUACUAGCAAACCAUACUAUUUACUGUAAUGGAUUUCUCUGGGAUGGUCCUGUGAAUUCAGCCUGUUUUCUGGUGUUAAAGGUCAAACAACUCCACAGCACAAAUCUAAAUAAAGAAGUCUCAUGCUUAUUGUCCGAUCAAUCGGUCUCACGCCUUUCAGAAUGUAAACACAAAUGUCUGUCUGAUGCAAAGAAUUGAUUACCAAAAAACUAUUUAUUGUAGGAGAUAUUAUGACAGGUUCACCAUACUUUACUAUCAUUUAUUGAUAGCAUGUUAUUGAUAGAUCUGUGCACUUUAGAUUCUAAAGAUAUACAGUAUGAUGGGUUAAUGUUGGAUAUAUUGGUGCAUUUCAUGACCUGGCCCAGCAACAACACAUCCCAGGGUUACAGAACCUAAUGAAACAAUGGUGGAUCCAGCAAUUUCACCAACAUAGAAACUAUGAGUGAUUAAAUACUGUAUGCAAAAUGAAUAUAAAC